AUGGCCGAGUUUGCGGACCCGGAUGCUCUCCCCCCCCUGGGCUUCAUCUCUAUCGACCUAGACAUCCACCGUCCCCCGGGUGACCCAUACAACGAGAAGACGUGGCCGUUCCCACUGAUUCGUGAGAUGGCUGAAGGUUCCAAAGUGUCGCAGGUCGUCAGUUCUGAUCAAUACGACUCUGCCUUCAUUGACCGAUUUGUCGACGCGGGUCUUCGGUUGGCGGCGCGGGGUUGUGUGGGGAUCAUCACCAGCUGUGGCUUCUUGGCCAUGGCGCAAGCCGACAACCUCGUCUCUGGCACAACUGCCCUCAGUCUUGGCUCUGUUGCCGCCAGAUAG